AUGUCUGCAGAAGACGAUUUGGUGCCCGAGAGCGUCGAAGGCUACACCGUAGGCGAAAAGAAGACCAUUGCCGAAUACACAAAACUCGAUGCCGAGGAUGAGUCGCUUGCCAAGUGGAAAGCGUCCUUGGGGCUUUCAGCAGAAGGGCUGGCUUACCCAGUCAAGGCUGGCGAUAAGAGAACAGUGGUGAUUGUGGAAAUGGCAUUGACGUUUCCUGAGGACAAGGCGCUUGAGCUGAUUGUCAUUCCUUUGGAAGAUGCCAGUGGGAACACCAUCAAUAAGGAUAUCAAGUUUUCCAUUAAGGAGAAGGCUGUGUACGAGUUGCACAUCAAGUUCCGGGUGCAGCACGAGAUCAUUACUGGGUUGAAGUACUUGCACUCGGUGAAGAAGGCUGGGAUCCGUGUGGAGAAGAUUGAAGAGCCAUUGGGGUCGUAUGCGCCUAACACCAAGGAGAAGCCUUUCUACGAAAAGUCUUUGGGUGCUACGGAGGCUCCUUCGGGGAUGUUGGCCAGGGGCGGGUACUCGGCGACGACGAAGUUUGUUGACGACGAUAAGACCGUGCACUUGAGCUUUCCCUGGUCGUUCCAGAUCACCAAGUAG